GGCGGCCUCCCCUCGCCCCGGCUCCGCGUAACGGCAGACUGCUUCUGGUUCCAGCUGGGCUUCGAGGACGUGAUCGCGGAACCCGAGCUCACCCACUCCUUCGACAAAGUCUGGAUCUGCAGCCACGCGCUCUUUGAGCUCAGCAAGUACCUGAUCUACAAGCUCCUGACCCUGGUCCUUGCCAUUCCGCUGGCCCUGGUUGUGGGGAUCGUCUUCGCGGUGCUCAGCUGCCUGCACAUCUGGAUUGUGGUGCCUUUUGUGAAAACCUGUCUCAUGGUUUUGCCUUCAGUGCAAACUAUAUGGAAGAGCCUGACAGAUGUUUUCGUCGUACCGUUCUUCCAGAGCCUAGGCCGAUGCUUUGCCAUGGUUAAUAUACGUCUGGACCAAGAGUAAACGUCAGGGAUACAACACUGGUGUAAUUGUAAUUGAGCUGGUGUUAUACCUCUUUGCUAAUCUAACAUAUAAGCACUUACCAUUCAUUCCAAACUGUUAAAUUACAAUGGCUGGUUUAAGUGGGAACAUGCUAUUUUUUCUAAAUCUCAUUUAUUUUCAGGGAGAUCAGUUUAAGAGUAAAUAGGCAGUUUUCAUAGCUCACUAUUUUAACAACAGCGAAUGCAGAGUAUGUUGGCAACACUUUAUUUUAAUGGUACGUCAAUUACAGGAGAAUUAUCAUGGAGGUUUAACAACCACCACAGUGACAAUGAUUGGUGUUAUUACUAUAAAUAUUUAUAUAGGCUGUGAUACCUUAGGUAAAACUAAUCUCUAAGGUUUCCCACUGACUUUACUGCAAGUUCACAAGAGAUCAUUUUUGGCCCUCACUAUCCAGAAUGAUCAACUCAGUUCUUUAUUAACAGCAGUUAAAAUGAAUGUCUCAUUGCAUAAGCAUACAGAGAAAAGAACUGUUGUGUAAUUCUCCUAUAUUGGGGAGGAAAAGCUCCCUGGAAGUUUAUCCCUUAAAAUAAGGUGUUAGCUAAUGAUGUGGAACAUCAGCUAAUAUGUAUAUUUUAUUUAAUGAGAAGUUAACUUUGCUGUAUAUUUUGUACCUUUGUAAAUGGCACUUGAUCAGUUUUCUUUGAAGAAUUAUUUCUAUAGUAUUUGAAUUCUAACCAACUUACUAGGCAGAAAGAGUGAGACACUGCAAAAAAUUACUUCAGGUAACUAAAAUUUCAGUUUCUAAAUUACACAGAUUUUUAAGUCUUGCCGUGCAGUUCUAGUAUAUUCAUGGUUGUGUGUAGAAACAAAGACUAUAAGUGUUUGCAUACAAGACUAUGCAAGAGUUGGAAAUAUCUGUUUAUAAGAAAUGAUUUUUAUUAAAAAUGGGAUGUAGUAAAUGCAACCCUCCAUAUUUCUGUGUAUUAUCUGUGUGAACAUUGUGAUAUUUAAAAUAAUAGACGCUGUGCUGGCACUUUGCCUAGGUAGCAAGCUCUUACAGAAGACAAGUGUAAUUCAUAUCCUUGUCUAAGUCUCCUCACCUAUUGACUUGACUCUCCAUGUUGCUUACUUGCUACUUUAAAGCCUAACCCAUAUAAAAGCCCUUCUUCCUUCUGCACCUAAUAUGGCUUUGUAAACCAGAAUAACAGAACGUACGCAGAGGUACAUUAAAAUUACAUUGGCCUUCUGGUGGGCUUAUGCUGCUGUUUUCUUUAAAUACAGAUGAUAAGUUGCAAUUGUAAAAUGUUUGUAUGAUUUAGAAUGUUAUUUUCUAAAAUGAUACCAAAGAUUUCUUAUUGAACAAGAGAUAUAUAAUAAAACAAUAAAGCAUCAACUUUUUUCUAUUUUCAACUUAAUUUUUUCAUGGUUUUUAAAUUUUUAAAAAGCUCUUAAAAUGCUGAACAGCAUAGAAUACUAUGCAGUUCUUCCAAAAUAUGGUAUGGGGAAAAGAAAUGGAUUAACAUCCAUAUGGUUCCACUAUUAUCAACUGCAUUUAACUUAUUUAUAGAAGAAAAUGAUGUAUCUCUGUGUGUAAUUAAGCCCAUAUAGAAUGAUUGCUUUCUCUGAAGCAGGUCUCUUGGUGUGAAAUUUUGGCUACAUAAAAAAAAAAAAAAAAAAAAGCGCUUAAUUCUUUUUAUGGGUGCAUGCUUUAUUUACAGAUGAGCUGAUGAAUUUUCCAUUUUCUUGCUUAUUGGCCUACAGAAGCUAGCUGAUACUGUAUAUUCUUUGUACACUGGGAACAUAUUUUUACAUUGAAAAUAUUUUUACCAUUUCUGCCAUUUAGAGAGGGAUUCAUUUGGCUUUUCAAAACUGGAUAUUAAUCAUUAGUGCCCAUGGAAACUUCUCUGAAGUUUUUUCUCUCUGCAAGAAGUUUUUUUUCUUCUGCUCACUGUUUAGAUGUGCUCUUCAAGAUACCUUUCUUAUGUUAAAAAUGGAAAUAUCUUUUGAAAAUAAAAAUUGGUCAGGCUAGGCUUGAAUUCUUUUGAGAGUUACUUUCUUUUACAACAUCCAAGGAUUUUUACAAAGAUAUUUUUAAUGGAAUGAUGAAUUCACU